AUGUCUGCAUCGGCCCUGUGUCCAAGAUAUGGUAGCUGGAGCAGUCGACACAUCACGCGCGUCGCUGGGAGUUCCCUUGUCCCCUAUAGCACGCCCCUCCGUCUUUUCUCCGCGCCUUCCCGGUCGUGCCUCCCAUCUAUUCUCUCGCGCCAUCUCCCGGGGAAAAGAAGCUGAGGGGCGGUGGCGGCGUCGGUUUAACGUUGCUUCGCUGGCCUGUAACCUCAAUGGUCCACAUCUAGACUGAAGACUGACAGUUGGACCCGACAGGACAGGAUUGCAUUCCAUUACCAUGACCACAGAAAAGGGAUUGCCCAUGGAGAUGAAGAGUACCAUGGAGGGUGAUGUCAGGAGGACCAAUCAGGAUCAUGACAGUAAGACGUCAGAUGACCAUCAUGGGGACAUGGAUGACAGCUCAGAGAAGACCCCCAGCAAAGCAUCAAAAUCCCCCCAGAAAUCUUCCAAACGUCCCAAAACCGUUCCUGUCAAAAUCUCCCUACUUGACGGCUCAGAGUAUGAAACUGGAGUAGAGAAAUUUGCCAGGGGGCAGUCCGUGCUGGACAUGGUGUGUGGCCAUCUGAACCUGCUGGAGAGGGACUACUUUGGCCUGACGUUCUAUGACACAGACAACACCAAGAAUUGGCUGGACCCGUCAAAGGAGAUCAAGAAGCAAAUCCGAAUUGGCUCAUGGCAUUUCGGCUUUGCUGUCAAGUUUUAUCCCCCUGACCCAUCUCAGCUCACUGAAGACAUCACCAGGUACUACCUGUGUCUACAGCUGAGGGACGACAUGCUGUCCUGGCGUCUGCCCUGCUCCUUCGGGACCUACGCCCUGCUAGGUUCUUACACGGUGCAGGCGGAGCUGGGUGACUAUGAGCCAGAGGAACACGGGCCCGACUACAUCAGUGACUUCCGUUUCGCCCCCAACCAGACGAGGGAGCUAGAGGAGAGGGUGAUGGAGCUUCACCGCAACUACAGGGGAAUGAGUCCAGCGGAGGCAGAGGUGAACUUUCUAGAAAAUGCCAAGAAGCUUUCCAUGUAUGGUGUAGACCUGCAUCACGCCAAGGAUUCAGAGGGCAUUGACAUCAUGCUUGGCGUCAGCGCCAACGGACUACUCAUCUAUCGUGACCGUCUGAGGAUCAACCGCUUCGCCUGGCCGAAGAUCCUCAAAAUCUCCUACAAGAGGAGCAACUUCUACAUCAAAAUACGCCCCGGGGAGUAUGAACAGUUUGAGAGCACCAUCGGCUUCAAGCUGCCCAACCACCGGGCUUCCAAACGCCUGUGGAAGGUCUGCAUUGAACACCACACCUUCUUCAGGUUGGUGUCUCCAGAGCCCCCUCCCAAGGGCUUCCUGGUGAUUGGCUCCAAAUUCCGCUACAGUGGGCGGACCCAGGCCCAGUCGCGUCAGGCCAGUGUGCUGAUCGACCGGCCAGCUCCACAGUUUGACCGUUCGGUUAGCAAGAGGUACCUGCUGCCUCGCAGUGUGGACGGAGCCUCAGCCCUGGGAGACAGCAUGGACCAGCUGUCCCAGCGCAGCUCCAGUGAUCACACCCAGUUCCUGUCCAGAGAAGACCUGGAACAAGAGGGCAGUCUGGACCUAGACCAGGAUCAGGAUUACCAGGAACAAGACCAGGAGUACCAGGAUCAGGACGAGGAGACUGAUGGUUUUGCCGCAUCCGCCAAGACCAUGGAGCUGAAGGGUGAGGAGGCAGGCUCGCCAGUAGACUCAAAGCUUGAGCAGCAGUUCCUGGACAAGCCCGAGGAUGUCCUGCAGAAGCACCAGGCCAGCAUCAACGAACUAAAGAGAGCUCUCAGGGAGCCCAACAGCAAGCUGUCACAGAGGGAGAAACGCUUGUCCACAGCCACGCCCCCUGGAGGCACCCCAGAGAGGAAACAGGAGACCCCUCCUACACCUGCCAUUCACGAGGAGCCUUUUGACGAAGCCAUGAGGGAGCCGUGGGAGCGGCGGUUGGGCUCAGUGUCAGAGGACGACCAAGACCACGAGACCCUGUACCUGAAGGAAACCCACCUGGGCAUUGAGCGCAAGUGCUCCAGCAUCACAGUCAGCUCUACGUCCAGCCUGGAGGCCGAGGUGGACUUCACUGUCCUCAUGGACCUCCAUACGGGCAUGGAGGAGUUCUCCAGGGGCAUGAUGGAGCUGGGCGAGAGGCCCAUGUCACCUGACGUGGGCCUCAGCCUGAGUAUCGACCUGCAGGGAACCCCACCACCUCUCGUCUCGGCUCCUCUCACCGGGGCUAGCAGCAGCCCUCCUACCAAGCAGCUACACACCGAAGACGUCCGACAUCAUGAGCCUGUUGUGCCCAGAAAACCAAAGAGGUCAGUUCCCAUCGACAGAGACCAGUCACAGAAAGAGACCACUUACUCAUCCCCCAUGACGGCGCUGAGCAGGGAGGCUAGUGACGUCGUCGCCUCCCAUGCACUAAGGAAGACUGAGGUCAAGAUCGACAGAGACCAGUCACAGAAAGAGACCACUUACUCAUCCCCCAUGACGGCGCUGAGCAGGGAGGCUAGUGACGUCGUCGCCUCCCAUGCACUAAGGAAGACUGAGGUCAAGAUCGACAGAGACCAGUCACAAAAAGAGACCACUUACGUGUCGCCCAUGACAGCGCUGAGCAGGGAGGCUAGUGACGUCGUCGCCUCCCAUGCACUAAGGAAGACUGAGGUCAAGAUCGACAGAGACCAGUCACAGAAAGAGACCACUUACGUGUCCCCCAUGACAGCGCUGAGCAGGGAGGCUAGUGAUGUCGUCGCCUCCCAUGCACUGAGGAAGACUGAGGUCAAGAUCGACAGAGACCAGACAGUCAGAGAGACCACUUACGUGUCCCCCAUGACAGCUCUGAGCAGAGAGGCUAGUUGCGUUGUCGCCAGCCACGCAUUGAGGAAGACCGAUGUCAAGGUCGAGACACAGCCCAAUGGGUCAGAGGUCACUACAACCAUCGUGGAGUUUACAGAUCAGGAUCAUGGUGUGACUGUAAGCAGUAUAGGCGAGACUUCUUAUUCAACAACAGAAGGUGUUUCCCCUGUGCACAUGUGUACGUUGGGAAGAGAGGCCUCUGGAUCUCCAGUACUUGUUACUGAGAAUGUUACCUCUGCAACCACGCAUGUCACCAAGACGGUGAAAGGGGGCUAUUCAGAGACCAGAAUUGAGAAGAGGAUCAUAAUCACAGGAGAUGAUGAUGUUGACCAGGAGCAGGCCCUCGCUAUUGCGAUACAGGAAGCCAAGCAACAGCAUCCGGACAUGUUGGUCACCAAGGCAGUAGUUGUCAAGGAAACAGAAUCAUCCACUGAGGAUCCACAUGGGACAUCUUAGUCCUGAUUCCUGGGAAAUGAGCGCCCCCCUCGGGAGCAGACCUGUUGGUGCCUGAGCUACCUGAGACAACCACACUGCUGUACCACCCUGACCACUGCUAGUGGGGCUCCGACACACAGCCACACACGUUUCAAUCCCUCACCCUUACUACUCUUGCCCACUGGGCCAACCCAUAUACUUCCCUGAUGUCUACCAUAGUAACAGGACUCCUUUAAAUCCAACCCUUUAUUUAUGAAUCUUCGCUCUGGCGGUGAUAUGGUGAAAUAUAGCCUCUUAGAAUCUGAGAGUGAAAUACUUACAUACUCGUCUCUAGCAUGUUGGCUCAGCAUUCCCGAACAAUCACAUUACAAGUCAAAAUGUUGAAAACACUUCAACUCACUUUACCUGUUGUCCAAUUAUUAUUUUUCCUAUGUCGGAGGUAAUCUGAUACAGCAUAUCCAUGGGGAACGUUAUCAACCCGACCUUCAGUACGCUGGUCUGUAUAUUUCCGGUUUGUAUUUUCAAUACUGACUCAAUUUGCACGAGACAAACACUUAAACGAAUUGUCUGAACCUAAUCACAGACCGAACGGCAAACACUUCAAGCUGAUUACGAGGAAACGUGCUUCGGUUGACAACAUUUGUUUACAUAUUGUGCAUCACGUGAAAUGCAUCACAUGAUUGAAAAUACUCACCGGAAUUACAAGCCGACAUAGUCAUAUACCUACCGGCGCCCCAGAAAGUUGGGCUAAUAGUACUUUCCUGUGGCCAUUUUAUCUCCACUUCCAACCACCAAAAAGACAACCGGUAAAGUAUGUUUAAAUAUAAUUUUAUUCAACAUUCUGUCUGGUAGAGACUAUUGCGUCUUUUUUUACAGCGACUUCUUUCAGAAUGAUAGCCAUGAAGUAACCAUGGUAACAGCCUGGUAUUUAGACAAGGUGAAAUACAGACAUGGAUGGCUAGAUAUGGAAAUGUCAUAAAUGAUGGCAGUCUUGGUACUAAGAAAUAACAGGUUGAAUGACAAAAUAAUGCCAGAAUUCCUUGUUUCACUGCUGGAAAGUUUCAGUCUACACCUAGUACACUUGUCUGCACUGGUCUCAACACUCAAGCCAAACAACUGGGUUUUGACUAGAUAGGUUAGGAUAAUUAAUGUAGCAGGUUAGGAGAAUUAGGCUAAGGUUAGGGUUAGCUAAAAUGCACAUAAUAAAACUUGUCCCCAGGUGCGAAUUUCUGGAACAUAGAGCCUGGCAACAGUGUGCGACUGUGAAGGGGUGUAGAUUUACUUAGUGGCAUGAUAAUCAAUUCAAAUUCUGAGCAAAUCACACGACUAUGAGAUGUGGUUCCAAAUCGAGGGGGAAAAGUAUUUGUCAUGGUGCACCAUGGAAAUAACUCCCCAUAACCCAGGUAGUAGGAACAUAUCGACGUUCAUGCUAACAGCUAGCCAUAGCUUUGUUACACACAAACACAAAAACAAUACUCUCCCCCCGAAUGCAGCACAAUUACGGGGAGGUUCUAAGGGUUGCACUAAAUGGUGAUGGACUGAGAGAUCAGCCAAUUAAAACCAGUGGUUGUUUCUCCGCUCCUGCCAUAGGCUUCCAGUCAAGUCCUUUUCUGAGGUGCUCGGAAACCAGACCGUCGACAGAGAGAGAGCCAGCUGGUGGGCGAGAUUAAUUUGAUAUAAGCUGUAUCCUAUCUAGACCACCAAACUGUUCUCGGCUUGCCUCUGCAAAGUAUCCUCUAAGGAAAUUAAAUGGGAAGGUUUUUGCCUGAAUGUCAAGUGGAUCCAAAUCUUAGGAGCUGUUGUCUCUUUGAUGUGCUCAUCCCAUCAUAUCACUUCAGAGUCUCACUGCCGUCACAACCCACACCAAUGCCACACUUGAAGUGCAGGACAUUUUUAUUACAGGGGUACUUAGUAUGAGAUAAUCUGGCAGACUAUAGGACUACAAUGUGGUCCAACAUCCUACUAAGUCAAUUCCACCCACCAUUCUAGACCUCAGAUCCAACUCUAAUGCCUGCUGAGGCCUAGAUUAAAUCUGGACAGCAGAAAAUCGGCAGUGAAGCACAAUUGAAAUUUAAAGGCAAUGUUCCCGGAUUUGCUGAGACUACAUUAUCUGUAAACGCUGCAAACAGUAUGUCGGCUCAAUUGUAAAUUACCUUUAUAUUUGAAUUGCGCUAUAAUGCGGAUCUUGAUUAAAUCUAGUGUGCUUACAUAUCUACGUAGUUUGUCAAGAGAAAAAGAACGUACAUGUAUCCAUUAGUUGUAGGUCCAGUACUGUUGACGUGCAUGCAGUAAAGCAGGUUUUCAUGAACAGGAAAACCUUCCCUUAGUUUUAUAUACUCGCUAAACCAGCAAAGUCCAUAACUGUGCUUUGGCCCAUUUCUGUAACAGUGAGAAUGGUUAUGGGAAUGCCAGAGGAUACACAGAUUGCAGGAGAUUUGAGAACAGUAGGCUACUCUGCACCAGCGAGGUCCGUAAAUCGCGGCGCUGGUUUGGUGGCACUAACUCGACGAUGCCAAAUGUGCCAGAGUAGAGAAAGGGGCACCACAGCUAACACAGAAAGGUCAAAGUUUAACUUUUCUUCCUGCAAUGGCACAUCCUCACCAUCAUUCAACAGAGGAGAAGAGCUAUUGAAACUCUCUCGGAUAAAUAAUCUUUCAAGAUAUCUUGCUUUUUCUUUAACCCACAAUUCGGUCAUUUGGCUGACAUCUUGGCAGACCCUACCUUGAACUCUUGCAAUUGGGCAUUUUUGUUUUAAGAACACAAUUGACGUUACUGUAUUAUGAUGAUGGUUUACUUGUUAUUGAAGUUGAUCUGUGUAGACAUUUGUAUGUAUAUAAAUGGAGUGCUUAUGAACCUCUGAUCAAUAGAAUGUGCCUGUUGGGUAUUUAUAAAAAUUGUGAAAGUAUAAAUUCUGAGCAUGUUGCUGUUCUAAAAUGAUCCAAGGUCAGGUCCCCUUCCAACCGUUAGAGAUACAGUCACUUUCUGCUGUUAUACUGUGGCUAUCUACAGUAGGACAUAUUAAGAGAUUCACAUUAGAACCUUAUUAAGUAUGCCAAAUGAGCUACCUUUCAAAUGAAAUGAGUAUUUUAGAUAAUGUUUGCAUGAUAAAGACAUUCAUUAUGAAAUUAAAUUAAACCACUAGAAUACCUACUGUAUAGAUACAAUGUUAUAGUAUUAUGCAAAGUAGAAGAGACCUUAAGGCAGUAUGAAAUAUCACAGUAGCUCGCUACAGUUAAAGUCGGAAGUUUACAUAAUGACACUUAGGAGUCAUUAAAAGUUGUUUUUCAACCACUCAACAAAUGUAUUGUUAACAAACUAUAGUUUUGGCACGUCCGUUAGGACAUCUACUUUG